AAUAGCAAAAUAUAUAUAUAUAUAUAUAUAUUAUGUUUUUAACAAAAACCAAACAUUGGCCUGAAAAAAAAUAGUAAAAGAACAGUCGCAAAGUAUCCUCAACUUCAAGAAAACUUCAAGAAAGAGAAAAUCAAUUAGUUGCCUCAGUGAUACUUCCUUAGCUGCAAGAAAGAGCUAUAACGGAAAUGGGUUGGUCAUCCUCUUGUUGCUGCAAUCUUUUCCCCACAAGCUCUCAUAUUCUUGGGGCUAGGGACUUGUCCAAGCUGUUGAAGAACCCCAAGCUUCCUCUUCGGAGUCAGCGGCAAAAGAGAGAACAGCAUGGGACCCAAAAGACAACAAAAGUUCUUGCCUACCAUGGCCUGCAAAAACCACCUUAUAAACUUGAUGCACUAGAACCAUAUAUGAGCCAAAGGACACUUGAGAUGCACUGGGGAGAGCAUCAUCGUCUUUAUGUGGAAGGUCUGAACAAACAACUUGAAAAGAAUGACAUACUGUAUGGCCACACCAUGGAUGAACUUGUCAAAGUGACAUAUAACAAUGGGAAUCCAUUACCAGAAUUUAAUAACGCUGCCCAGGUUUGGAAUCAUGACUUCUUUUGGGAAUCGAUGCAACCAGGAGGUGGUAACAUGCCCAUAAUGGGUCUUCUUCAGCAGAUUGAAAAGGAUUUUGCUUCUUUUAAUAACUUCAAAGAGAAGUUCAUAGAAGCAGCCCUCACAUUAUUUGGCUCUGGCUGGGUUUGGCUUGUAUUGAAGAGAAGUGAGAAACGACUUGAAGUGGUUAGAACAUCAAAUGCCGUCAGCCCUCUUGUGUGGGAUGACAUUCCCAUUAUCAGUUUGGAUAUGUGGGAACAUGCUUAUUAUUUGGAUUAUAAGAACGACAAAGGUAGGUACGUUAAUGUCUUCAUGAACCACCUUGUGUCUUGGAAUGCGGCAAUGGGACGCAUGGCUCGUGCACAGGCAUUUGUGAAUUUAGGCGAACCCAAAAUUCCUAUUGCUUGAAAUGCUUCUCUCUCUCUCUCUCUCUCUCUACACAAGCAUGAGGUGUCUCAAAUCUGAACACUCAUAAAAUUCACGUCUUUCGCAAGUCAUACGUGACCUUAUCAGUAUAAGUGUUUGAGUAUGAAACAAAGAAGCUCCCAUGCAUAGCCUGGCAACCAAUCUCCAACUACCUUAAAUGCCCCACUAAAGCUGCUGUAGUAUUUGUAGCAAAAAUCAGAGAAUCCUUGUUAUACAUGUUUUGAGGCUUAUUCAUGUUAGAUUUGUCGUUUAAACUAUGUACUCGCACAUUUUCUAAUUAAUUUAAUUUUUGUAUGCUUUGGUGUCAUGUGGAUUGUAUUUGUCUAUUACAAAUUUGGAGUGAGAAAAGUUAUGUAUGGCAUGUAGACGAACAAAUGAUCACUUGUAUUUUGUUGUUUUGUGAUUGUUGGGUUUGUACUUUUUGUAUGCUUGUGGUAAUGUAUUGUUAGGUUUUCUUAAA